AGCGACAGAACGGAAGUUAAAUUUUCAACAUGGAGUCGAAAGAGGGAGAAGUGGAUACUGACAAUACGAUAAUCUCAGAAAAGAUAGAGAAUAUGGAACCAGUAGGUGGGAAAGGCAUUGUAAAUGAUGGUAAUAAAAAGGGAAAUAUUUCUGAAAUAGAUUUCAAAACUCCAACUCUACCAAUAAAAUCUAAACGAAUCGAGAGAGAAAACGUCAGCACCACGAAAACAGACACAAGUAAUUUGGAGUCACGUGCAACUGAAGAAGUUAAGAAAGAACUGAUAAAAGAGACUAGAAAACCUCCACUCAGUCUCCAAGCAAAACAAGUCAGCAAGUUAUCCCCAGCGGAGCAGUUACAACAGUCCCGGAUUGCCAUUCCUUACAAAGAACCCUCCUGGGGUGGAAUAUGUGAAGAAGAUUACAAAUUUGAAGUUUUAAAAAAUGGAGCCAUUAUUGACAAUAUUAAAUUGGAUAAGAAUUAUAUUGUGUUUGGGAGACUGCCAAGUUGUGAUGUGCCGAUGGAGCAUCCUUCGUUGUCGAGACACCAUGCUGUGGUGCAGUUCUGCAAAACAAGUACCGAACAGCAGGAAAAGGGCUGGUACCUUUAUGACCUAGACAGUACACAUGGAACCUGGAUUAACAAAAACAAAGUGUAUCCAAAGAAAUAUUACAGAAUUAGAGUUGGGCAUGUUCUGAAGUUUGGUGGGAGUACAAGGUUACAUAUACUGCAGGGGCCUGAAGAAGACAGAGAAGAAGAGUCAGAUCUGAGUGUAGAAGAGAUGAAGCAACAGAGGGAGAAGCAAAAGAGGGAGGCAGAGUUCCUCAGGCAGGCAGAACUGGCUGAAGAAGAGCGAAAAAUACAGGAAUUGAAGGCUAAAGAAGAGGCAAGAGGAUGCUCAUGGGGAAUGGGUGAGGAUGCAGAAGAAGAUGAGGCAGACAACCCAUUUGCCAGUCUCAUUAACUCAGAGAAUGAGCAACUCUACAUAGAUGAUCCCAAAAAGGCACUCAAAGGAUAUUUUGAAAGAGAAGGAUAUGAAGAACCAGAAUACAAUGUCCAAGAAAAUGGAACUGGGAAAUUUAGAUGUACAGUAGAAUUACCAGUGGACACCCCAACAGGAGAGCCAAUGGUGGCUGAAGCCAUUGUUUCUGGGAAGAAGAAGGAGUCUGUUAUACAAUGUGCUUUGGAGGCCUGUCGCAUGCUGGACAGAAUGGGUCUACUAAGGGCAGCAACUCAUGAGAGUCGUAAGAGGAAGAAGAAGAACUGGGAGGACGACGAUUUCUAUGACAGUGAUGACGACACGUUUCUGGACCGAACGGGAGACAUAGAGAAAAAACGCAAACAGAGAAUGCAGAAAGCAGGCAAAAUGAACGACCAAGUGGAAACUUACGAGUCAUUGACAGAAAAACUUGACAACAUACAGAGGGAAAUAAAAGACAUUGAAGAAAAUUUGGCCAAAGCAAAGAAAGAGACUGAGGCAAUGCAGGAGGAAGGAAUAGAUGCCCUGGAUGCCUACAUGUCAGCCAUCAAAUCAGGAGCCAUGGAUACCAAGACAAAGAUGAAACUGAAGAGACAACUCCUGGAGCUGAGGAAGGAAGCACAGAAACUGCAGAAGCUCAUCAACGUAGCUAAACCUGCAGCCCUGCCACAACUCACAAGUAACAAUGCUGCAGUAAAGGCAAGGACAGACAAAGCCCAUUAUACAUUUGGUAGACUGAAGAAGCCAUUUGGAAAUCCUAAGCCUAAGUCCCUUCCAAAGAUCCCGACUGAGAAUGAGGAAAACAUUGUGGAGGAAGAGGAGGAAGAUGAGGCUGUCUCCAUGGAGACCACUGAAACAAACACCUCCUCGGUAGAUACCUCAACCAAGACUCCAGGGACGGAAGGGCAGAACAGAUUAAAUGUGACCGGGGAGGCUGAAUCAGUGACUAAAACUGUAAAAAAUGGUGAAAGCAUUCAUGAGACCUCUGAAGCAGAGAAAACUGUGACUUUAAUAAAAGAUUCUGCUGAGCCUCCUGCAGCACCCAUAAUCAAGGGUCCCACCAUGCCUCCUCCUGAGUUGAGAGAGCAGGAAAGCAUGGAAGAAAGUAUUUCAGUGGAAGAAAACAGAAAGUCAGAGAAACAAAAGAAAAUCAAGCCCCUUCCUAAGGUAAAGAAACAAGAUGUGAAACUGGGACCUUCCUACUCCUCUGAGGAUCCAGACUACGCUGUGUGGGUCCCUCCAGAAAAUCAAUCAGGAGAUGGAAAGACAUUUCUAAAUGAAAAAUUUGGAUACUGAUUUAAUACGUAUUGUUCACCAAUCUGUAAAAAAUAAAGGAAAAAUACAUGUG